CAGUAUUGCCCUGUUAUAAUAACUCUCCUCUCCUGUGGCAAGCAUCAAUUCUUCUCUCUUUUCUGGACAGCUAUCUUCACUCUGAGCAACAGCAUGAACCCAAGCCUUCUGGACCACAGCAUGCAUCAUUUCCCCAGCAGCACCUACCCAGAGGACAGAGCAGAGCAUCCUCCCUCCUUUCUACACGACAACACAUACAACUCGUCCACCCCGCCAUCCUCAUCUCGCUCAAGUGGAGGAUCCCUUAUCUCUAUGCUCCUACAGAAAACCGUUGAGAGUGAACAGACCCUCCAGGAGAGCUCUGCUGCAUAUUACAACCCCGACGCGCAUAUUUCCUUCUCUGCCUUGACGAGCCCUAGACUGGUGGAUCAUCACAGCAGCACUUCUUCCAAGAGCAGCAGCACCACCAUGGAGCCUCUGUCUCCAGCCAGCCAGGCAUCCACCGGGGCCAGCCCCAAUGGAGCCGGGUGGAACCAGGACUGGACCCUGGAGCUGGGGGAUAGAUGUCAGGCAAAGCGUGCCAGAGUGGAGAGCAUCAUCAGAGGCAUAGCAGUCUCUCCUCCCAGUCCCAGUGUCCAUUGUACACAUGGAGAGACCACUCCUACCAGCGACCUUCAGAGUGAGACAAUGGAAAACAAACAGGAGAGCAAAAGGAAACAGAGGGUGCCGCAGCACCAGGAUCUCCUGAGGACGGGGGGCGCCAGCGGAAAGAGUACGGACGAAGGCCAUAACCUGAAGAAGCAGCUUCAGACCAUGCAGAGGCUCCUGGGUCAACUCCAGGCCAGGUUCAUCCAGAUCUACGAGUAUCAGACUCAGGAGGACGUCAGGGAUGGGACGUUUUCAACAGGUGUGAUGGAGGACGACCGCCAAAGUACUUGGAACAAAGGAUACCCGGAGACAGAGGUGUUUAUGGACCCUUACAGUGAGUUUAACAAUGGAGGGCCUUUAGAUAGAGGUCAUCUGGGGUGGAAGAAUCACAAGCUAACUGACUACAUCCACUCAAACCCAGACAAAGAAGACAAACUCCUAGCAGAUAUUCUCAAGUAUGAGCUCUCCAGAGCCGUAAACUCAAGCGUUGACUCGAUUUUCAAAAACAUAUCACAUACAUUAAUCAAGCCACCACAGCUACACAUCAAGGAUGGGGGAAUGGUGGAAACAAACGAUGAGACCGUGUUCCUCAGCUCUCAUGAGCCAGCGUCAUCAUCCACCCACGUAGACAGCAUGUCACGACUCCCCCCAUGUUCCAAGAGUGGUAUGGCCCAACAACUACCAGAGAUUCAAACCGAGGCUCUAUCUCUGGUUGUUCAAAAGCCUGCUUCAAUGACUCGCCCAUGUUCUCUAAACCUGACAGUGAAAAGGCCUCUCCAUUUCCAUCAGCCCUCACUCCUAUACAACCACCCCACUGAUCUACAGGAAGACCACCAAGUACUGGAUAACCUGAAACACAACGGUUUCCAUCACGAUACCUUCGGAGGGCUCCCGUGUAGACCUACUACCACGGGUCUACCUACCCCAGAGAUGGUUGACUUAUUGUGGGAUCCGGUCAAAGUGAAGUCCAAGGUGACCUCCAGGCCACCCAGGAGUCCACAGGUUCACCACCCCACAGCCACAGGGCAUCAUGUGCUUCUGGACAGUCUCGGUCUCCCUCACGUUAAGAUGGAGUAUGGUAGCUUUCAGAGUAUGGUGAAGAGGACCUCAUAUGUGCUGAAUGAGGGUCUGACCACACACCACCUGAAGAAAGCCAAGUUGAUGUUCUUCUAUACUCGCUACCCUAGCUCUAACGUGCUCACAGCCUUUUUCUCCGAUAUCCAGCUCACUCGAUGUAUCAUGUCCCAGCUGAUUAAAUGGUUUAGUAACUUCAGAGAGUUCUACUAUAUUCAGAUGGAGAAGUUUGCCCGCCAGGCCCGAGUGGAGGGGGUUAACAGUGUGAGGGACGUAGCAGUGAGGAGAGACUCGGAGCUCUUCAGAGCCCUCAACAUGCAUUACAACAAGGCCAAUGACUUUCAGGUUCCUGACAGGUUCCUUGAAGUGGCUGAGAUCACACUACAGGAGUUUUACAUCUCCAUCUCCCUGGCCAGAGACUCAGACCCAUCCUGGAAGAAAGCCAUCUAUAAGGUCAUCAGUAAACUAGACAGUGACGUACCGGCUGAAUUCAAAGCCCCCCCUACAACAUAGAAAGAGACAGAUGGAGGCUGCCGUAUUUAAAAACAAAGAGUAUUUUCCUGCAUGGGCCAUGUAUUGAAUCGAAGCCAUGCUAAAAGUACAACAGCAGGACAGGGUACCCGGUCUUUCAAUAUGUGGUCGAUGUGGAAGGUUCUGUAAGUCGCUUUGGAAAAACCGUGUCUGGUAAACAAGUGUUGUUAUUAACGCCAUUUUCCAUUCAGAGGUCCGUCGUGUGAAAUGUGUGGCUGUACAGUAGACCUAUGUCACAGCUGGGUUUUUAUAUUCACAGUAGGGGGAUUGUAGAGCAAAUUGCCAUUGUAGUUUCAAUUUAAAAACAAACAAAAAAACAAUGUAUACAAUUUUGUUUGAUAUUGAGGCAUGCGUUGCUGUAGAAUCUAUUAUUAAAACCAUGUUGGCGCACGUGAAUAAAAUUAGUAUUUUUGCUACAUCAGAUCAAUCUAGCAAUAAUACAAGAGACCUUCAUUUGGAAAUUUUCAGUAUGUCAAUUACGAAGGCAGUUUCAGGCAUGUUAGUGAAUGGGAGGCGGGCAUUAUUGCAUUACAUAAUCUAAACAUGUUUUAAAGUUUCAAGAGACCACUGAUGGUUUCUAAACUGUUGUAAAGAAACAACUGGACAGACCAAAAAAAAAACCCAAACACAAUCCACACAAGUACAAAAAUCCUUUAAUAUACAAGUCAGCAUGCGUUUCAUUCUACGAGCCUGGUGUGAUCAGAACAAUGAAACCUGUAACUCACUUAACAUUGACGUCACCCUAAUACCAUUAAUUACAUAUUCACUACAUGGACUCUGGCGAAAGGAGGAGACGUCCAGCACAUUUUACUAUAACAGCAUUCUUUUAGCCGACAGACUUCAAAACUAGUUUACAUCACAUCGCUCCUUUUAUCAUAUCAAUAUACUCACCUUGACGUCUCUGCUAAAAGUUCCAGCACGUCUCACAGGAAGAGGAAAGAAGACAAAAUCAAAAGCUCCAUAUUGGAUAUUUCAAUCAGACAUGUGGUUUUCAACAGGUGUGACCUCAAAACAUGACUUGUGGGUUUGUCUUCAUAUAUCCCGGCAAUAUCAGUUGAUUCGCCCUCCAGUGGUGCUGUAGUGUUCUGUUGAGUGCAUCUCCAGGAAAUCACUGAGUCGUAGUGUAACGCCUCUCUCUAGAGCUGCCCGCAGUAGUGCCUCUCUCUAGAGAUGCCCGCAGUCAGUAGUGCCUCUCUCUAGAGCUGCCCGCAGAAGUGCCUCUCUCUAGAGCUGCCCGCAGAAGUGCCUCUCUCUAGAGCUGCCGGCAGAAGUGCCUCUCUCUAGAGCUGCCGGCAGUAGUGCCUCUCUCUAGAGCUGCCCGCAGUAGUGCCUCUCUCUAGAGCUGCCCACAGUAGUGCCUCUCUCUAGAGCUGCCCGCAGUACUGACUAGAGCUGCCCACAGUACUGACUAGAGCUGCCUACAGUACUGACUAGAGCUGCCCGCAGUACUGACUAGAGCUGCCCACAGUACUGACUAGAGCUGCCUACAGUACU